UCCUGCAGACUCGCCUGCGCGCCCCUGCAGAUGAAAGGAGGCGGCCACUCCACCAAAUGUUGACCCUCAGUGUGAUCGCCGAUAUGGGGACUUUCCAACAGAGAUGACUAUCUGUUCCUUGGAAAUUGCUUGAAUUUCCUGAAGUUUUGCGAAGUUGCAGCUCGGGUUUUACAUUCUUUUCACAGUCGCCGUGGGGUCCUAUAAAAUGGCCUUGAUAUUAGGGUUCGUCUUCAUGUGUGUUCUGCAAGCUGCAGCCUCUCAAGGUUUAGGCCCUCGUGGACCGAGGCCAAUACCAGGGCGAGGUGACCAGCCGGGACCAACUCCACCUCCGCUGCCACCAAAUCCUAAAGGUUGUGAGAGAAUACCUGAUUGUCCCAUCAGACUGUAUUUCACCAUUGACACCUCAGAAACCAUUGCCUUACAAGAGUCCCCACCUGGCAUACUGGUGGAAAACAUCAAGGAGUUUACCAAGAUUUUUGCCCAGAGGCUCGCUGAUGAGGAGUACAGAGACCAGGUCAGGAUCCACUGGUCCAUCGGAGGACUCCACUUCUCUCAGAGGCAGGUGGUCUUCAGCCACUUCUCAACCAGAGAGAACUUCAUCCGGAGCCUCAGCGGGAUUAGAUACCUGGGCAAAGGCACCUACAUCGACUGUGCCCUCGCCAACAUGACCUAUGAGAUGACCCACCAUUUCCCGGGGGAGAAGACCUCCCUUUUCUCAGUGGUGAUCACUGACGGUCAUGUGACAGGAAAUCCAUGUGGAGGGAUCAAGGUGACUGCGGAGAGAGCGAGGGAGCAGGGGAUCCAUAUCUUCUCAGUGGCAGCGUCCAGGAACAUUGAUGAAACAGGAAUGAGGGAGAUAGCCAGCUCUCCUGCUGAAGUGUACCGUGAUGACUACAUCGCUGUGGAUAUCGUCGAUGGGAGGCCAAAAAUAAUGACCGAUUCCAUUGAUAGAAUCAUAAAAGCCAUGAAAUAUCAAGCCUAUUUAGAGUGUUAUAAGCAUGCGUGUUUGGAGACACCUGGACCUCCUGGGCCAAAAGGGUACCGAGGUGCAAAAGGUGCAAAAGGAGACAGUGGUCACCCUGGACCAAAAGGUGGAAAGGGUCACCAGGGGGACCCUGGAAUUGAAGGUCCAAUUGGACGACCUGGUCAAAAGGGAGAAAUUGGUUUGAAAGGUGAAAGGGGUGAAAUUGGAGCAAGUGGAGCAAAGGGUGUUGAAGGAUUACCGGGGAGGAAUGGAACUGAUGGACAAAAGGGUAAAGUUGGCCGAAUUGGAGCUCCUGGUUGCAAAGGUGAUCCAGGUGACAAGGGACCAGAUGGCCACCCUGGAGACGUUGGGGAACCAGGGCCUCCGGGCAACAAAGGAGAUGAGGGUGAUCCAGGCCGUGAUGGAAAACCAGGCCCCCCUGGCCCUCCGGGUGAUCAAGGACCAAAGGGUGAAAGAGGAAAUUCCGGCCAUCCAGGGUUACCAGGAGCAAAGGGAGAACCAGGGCCUGACGGCGCACCUGGACGAAAAGGCGAACCUGGAAGGAGAGGGGACCCUGGACCAAAGGGAAAACAAGGACCUGAUGGGACAAAAGGAGAGAAGGGAGAACGAGGGCCAGAGGGAGGAAGAGGCCGAGCUGGGGAAGACGGAUUCAAGGGCGCAAAGGGAGACCAAGGGCUACCAGGACCAAGGGGCCAACCAGGAGAUUCAGGAAACCCCGGUGGAAAUGGCACCAGGGGGAACCCUGGAGAUCCAGGACCAAGAGGAGAAUCUGGCCCCCGUGGACCAAAGGGUGACAAAGGACGCAACGGAUUCAGCUAUCCUGGACCGAGAGGACCCACUGGAGACAGGGGUGAUCCAGGCAGAAGAGGGCCCAGGGGGGGCAGAGGUGAAUGUGGCCCCAAAGGAGCACCUGGAGACAACGGACCACCGGGACAACCAGGUGAGCCAGGUCCACAGGGUGAGCCAGGAGCGAGAGGACCCAGAGGUGAACUUGGACCUGAUGGUGACCCUGGACCAGCAGGAGAUCCUGGGCUCUCUGACUGUGACGUUAUGACUUACAUCAGGGAGACAUGUGGCUGUUGUGACUGUGAGAAGCGCUGUGGAGCUCUGGACAUUGUUUUUGUAAUUGAUAGUUCAGAGAGUGUCGGGCUGACAAACUUCACCCUGGAGAAGAACUUUGUUAUAAACACCAUCAACAGACUGGGCUCUAUGGCCAAUGACCCUGAGUCACUAACCGGCACAAGAGUUGGAGUUGUACAAUACAGUCACAACGGGACAUUUGAGGCCAUUCGUCUUGAUGACGCCAACAUCAACUCCAUGUCUGCCUUCAAGACGGCAGUGAAGAAUCUACAGUGGAUUGCCGGGGGCACAUUCACACCCUCAGCUCUCAAAUUCGCCUACGACAACCUCAUCAGGGACAGCAGGAGAGCCAGAGCCAAAGUAUCCGUGGUGGUGAUCACAGAUGGACGCUUUGACCCGCGAGACGAUGAUGCUCUGCUUACUUACCUCUGCAACGACAACAGUGUGGUGGUGAAUGCCAUCGGAGUUGGUGACAUGUUUGGACAGAUAGAGGAUGAUGAAAUCCUGGGGUCAAUCGCGUGCCAACAGAAGGACCGUGUCACUGGAAUGAAGCGUUUCGCUGACUUGGUGGCUGAGGACUUUAUAGACCAGAUGGAGAGUGUGCUCUGUCCCGAACCGGUGAUUGUAUGCCCUGAUCUCCCCUGCAAAGCUGAGCCUGAUGUGGCCAGGUGUGCCCAGCGGCCAGUGGAUGUGGUGUUUCUCCUAGAUGGCUCAGAGCGCCUCGGCACAGAGAACUUCCGCCAGGUCCGUGACCUUUUGCAGAAGACGGCAGACACUCUGACCUUAGCCCGGAAUAAGAAUGAUCGUAUGCGAGCGCGCAUGGGACUGAUACAGUAUGGCAAGGAAAAUGAGCAAAUUGUGGCCUUCCCCAUCACGCAUGACCCUGCUAUCAUCUCCAACGGCUUGGCACGCAUGCCUUACUUGGAUUCUUCCCCCAGUGUGGGCUCUGCCAUCCUGCAUGCCAUCAACAAUCUCUUGACCACUGGAGGUGUCCGCCAGACCAGACGCAAUGCAGAGAUUUCAUUUGUUUUCAUUACCGACGGUUUCACUGACAACAGAAACUUGGAUGAGGCGGUCAGCGCCAUGCGAAGGGCACAGGUUGUCUCCACGGUGAUUGCCAUGGGAAGUGAUGUUGACCAGGACGUCUUGACGAAGCUGGUUAUGGGUGACCAGGAGGCCAUCUUCAGAGGGAAAGAUUUCUCACAUCUAUCUAAGCCCAGUUUCUUUGACCGCUUCAUCCAAUGGGUAUGUUAAGGAGGGACCACUGUCAUGUGGACAUGAACAUUAUACUGGUGCUACUGCUGUUUUACCUAGCAUUUUAUACAUGAAAAGAUACUGGUUUACUAUGGAUUCUACUGUGCACUGUAAAAGGUUGCUGAUGUCACUCAAUAUUCAUGAUUUUGAUUUAACUAGAUCUGGCAGGAAAAUGUAUUCACAUUGGACAAACUGCUUUAAAAUAUUACACAAAUUGAGCACUCUUCAUCAACCGUAAAGCUUUAUUGAUACACUAAUGUUAGAUAAUAAACCCGCAGUCUAUCAGA